GUCGAAGCAGGGGGACCUGUCGUAAAUUCAUUGGUUGGAGGGUUAAAGAAGGACACCGUCUGGUUAGUCAGAUAGCGCUGCGCAGCCUUGAGUCGAAUAUUCUCUGCUCUGCAGGGAUCUCUCACACCAACUCAGCUCAUUAUCUCUUCCCAACCGUUUCUCUGAUGAGUCUCAGGUAGUCAGUAAUAUGUACAGGUUAUCGCGCUUCGCUAUGGACGAGUGGAAGUCUGACAUAAAAUGCCAAUCCAUCACUUCUGUACCUAGAGUGGCGAUUACGCAUGGAGUUGAUGCGCGCGCCUGCAGCAGCACUUCCCGUGAUCUUCCUCACACUGUAGCCUCAGAAGAUACCAACAAACUGUGCGACGCAGUUUCCCUAUCCCUUGGACUAAAUUCGGAGUCGGAUAAUUACGACAUGGGUCAGCCCUCGACGAGCCAUACUUUCACCGAGAACGUCCAAAGUGAGGACAAAUGCGCCCACGCGUCAUUGGAGUUGCCCGAAACUGGAAAGUCGCCUGACAGUGUGAAAUCGUCACAUUUCCGAUAUCUGAGAGAAGGUAGGAGGUUAGUAGUGACAAACUCGCCUGGCUUGGUUGAAACUCUUCAAAGAAAUAGAGACAGUCCUCAUUUUGGUAUGGCGGCUUUGCAGUUCACAGCCACGGACAUGGUAUCAGACAGCCGCCAGCCCUACAAUGCCUCAGGACCCCCACAGAAGCGUAGCCCGAGUAUGAACGAAUUAGAGGCUACAGCGCCUCAUUUUGAAGACUUACUGAGCACAAACACCAGACUGCACGUUGAUGAUGCAUGGUCCAGAAAUUGCUUUACUCAGAACUCAGUGAUGUUUACAACUGAUCUGGAGGACUCCACCCAGCCCUGGAAAAGUGCUCGCCAAAACUGGGACGGUGCAGGCAAGGUAGCAAGCCAACCCUCAAGACACUGCAAUGUUCCUUCUACAAACUACUCUACCUAUGAUUUGUUUUUGCGGAACUGCAAUGACUACACAUUGCGUGGAGCUCCCCUGUCGUUUAGUGGUUAUUUCCCAGAGUCCUAUUAUUCUGGAGGGAUGUAUGGUAGGAUACCGGCAGCCACCUCUCUCCCCCGGCCAUGUGAGUGGACAACCGGGCCGAACGGCCUCGCCCCUGGCUUCAGGCUGGAGGACAUGUUGCCCAUGAGUUUCCUGCUGGCCGCCCCAAGGGCCUGUCAGAUUUGUGGGGAUGUGGCCUCUGGGUGUCACUAUGGAGCCCUCACAUGCGGCAGCUGCAAAGUGUUUUUCAAGCGUGCAGCCGAGGGGAAACAGAACUUCCUGUGUGCCAGCAGAAACGACUGCACCAUAGACAAGCUCAGGAGGAAGAACUGCCCCUCGUGUCGCCUCAAAAGAUGUUUUGAGUCGGGCAUGACACUCAGAUCCCGGAAGCUGAAGGUGAUCGACUCCCAGAAGCCCCCAGAGAGGAGUGACCCAAACAGGCCCUCUAGAGAGAGCACCUCCGCCAGUGCGGCCAUCAGCUUGCACUCACUCCAGACGCUGAAGGGCAUCCUGGAGCGCAUUGAGCCCCUGGUGGUGAACGCAGGUCACGACCAGGGCCAGCCGGACAGUGCUGCAUCCCUCCUGACCAGCCUCAACCAGCUGGGGGAGAGACAGCUGGUCUCAGUGGUCAAGUGGGCAAAGGGCGUGCCAGGUUUCCGUAAUCUGCACGUGGAUGACCAGAUGAUGGCGAUUCAGUACUCGUGGAUGGUGAUCAUGGUGUUUGGGCUAGGAUGGAGGUCCUUUACCGAGGCUGACGCCACACAACUCUUCUUCGCCCCUGACCUUAUUUUCGACGAGAAUCGGAUGCAUGUGUCGGGGAUGUAUGAGGACUGUGUGCGUCUGCGACAGCUCUCGCUGCGCUUCAGUGGCCUGCGGGUCAGCCGCGAGGAGUUCCUCUGCAUGAAGGCCCUGCUGCUCUUCAGCUUCAUUCCAGCGGAAGGGCUAAAGAGCCAGGGCUGUUUCGACAAGCUGCGGACCACCUACAUUAAUGAGCUGGACCGUGUGGUGACCGACCGUGACCAAGGCAACCGCUCUGAGCGCCUGUUCCAGCUCACACAGCUCCUGGACUAUCUGCAACUGCAGAUUGUGCAGAAGCUUCAUCAGUUCACCUACGACCUCUACGUCCAGACGCUGAGGCUCCAGACCACGGUGAACUUCCCUGAGAUGAUCUCCGAAAUCAUCUCUGUGCACGUGCCCAAGAUCCUCAGAGGCCUGGUCAAGCCUAUCCUGUUCCACAAAUGACCACCGCUCCAAUUUACAGCUUCCAUCAUGUGAAGUGGGCCUGAUGUCAAGCGAUAAGCUAAUCUCAUUUUUCUUCAACUGUCCAUUUACAACUGCCCUGAUUUCAUUUGCCUUUGUCUAAUAAGUAGUAGGAGUUUUGUGAUAGUAAAUAUCUGUGAAAGCCUUUCAAUUGUUUUAUACUUUUUAUUGGGGUUUGUUAGAAAUCCUGGUAUGUGGCAUUUCUGCCAAGUUUUGGGAAAGAUUACUCAGUGCUGUAAAUAAUGCCAAAAAUACCUGAAAUAUGUUCAACUUGAACAGGACAUGUGAUGAACUUUCUGCCAGGGAAUGGAUGAAUAUGAGUAUGUGUGUUCACAAAAUAUAUAGCCAUAACCAAAUAAAUAUGCUUUAUGGUAUAUCAGGGAGAAAACAUUGCAAAUUGUAUUUUUCUUUGUUUUGAUACAUUUUUAACACCAAUGUGUACCAGAGCAUAAUUAUAUUCUUGUUUGUAAGUAAUGUAUUUGUAUUGUGUUUCUUUUGUCAAGAGAUAAGCUGUCACCAAUCAAUACAAUCUUAUACAUUUUAAAUGUAGUAUUUUUAUUUCAUUUGUGGUACGUGUGUGUGUGUGUGUGUGUGUGUGUGUGUGUGUGUGUGUGUGUGUGUGUGUGUUUUGUGUGUGUUUCAAAGGACAGUUUUAAAGGACAUUUUGGUGUUACUUUGAGGACUUUUUAUUUAAAUAGUUUCCUGUAUCUGCAAAGGGUGUGCCUGCUCUGUAUCUAAAUGCAAUAAUUGUGAUUGACACGACUCCUUAAACUACUUCUAAAACUUCUAUACAACCAAUACAAUUUCUACCUGCA